AUGGCGGAAGCUGCAGCCAAAUACGUGCUGGGUACGAUCAGUCGGGGACACCUCGAAUGCCUGAUUUGUUGCUGUCGUUUCAUCGAUCCGAAGAUGAUGGACUGUCUACACAGCUUCUGCCUGAACUGUCUGGAAGAGCUUAUCAGCAGACAGCAACCCAAGGCGGACCAGAUUACUUGCCCAAUUUGCAAGCAGGAAACUGCGGUACCAGACACUGGAUUGCAGGGUCUACCCAACUGCUUUUCCCUGAGUUCCCUCGUCGAUGAAUUCAACAAGCAGGAGCGGUUGCUAGAAGACGAACCUUCGAAUGCCCCACCAACGUGUGAGGAAUGUGAGGAGGGCUUAGAAGCAGUCUCAAGGUGCUUAGACUGUGAUGGGAACAUCUGUCAGAAAUGUCGAGAUACCCAUCAGAAGAUGAAAUCUACUAAGAAACAUCUGAUCGUCAACUUGGAUCAAAGCGAAGCACAAGUGCCUACGGUGGAUCUUUUGAAAAAAGAUAUCCCGCAAUGUAACAAACACACUACUAAUGAUCUCUGUUUUUACUGCGAGACAUGUAAGACUUUAGCCUGUGCGGCAUGUGUUGCAUUAGAUCAUCGAGGAGCGAAGCAUAAAUACAGAGAAGUCGCAGAUGCCAUACGAUCGUAUCGUCAGGAUGUCGGCAAAAUUAUGCAAAGGUUCGAAAACAACAGACAUGAAUACAAAGUCACCGAUGAUUCACUCUCACAUGCCAGGAACAGGUUGAAAAUCAUGGUGGCCCGGGCCUGUAAGGACAUUACCGCCAAAGAGGAAGAAGAGUUUGCAAAGAUCAGAAACAAAUCUCGCCUUCUCAGAGACAAAGUAACACAAAUCGGCGAAGAACGAGAAAAAAAGUUCGAGGAAGUCCAGAAAAGAAACCAUGACAAGAUGGAGCGGGCCGAGCAGAUUGUAGCAACAGUCAACAAGUUGAUGCAGCAAGCUGACGACUUUGAGCUUUUGGACCUCAAACCCAAGGUGAUGCACAACUUAGAGUGCCAGGAGAAACUCAGAUUGGAGCAUGCACAGCAUGGACUCUCAUUCGUUGGGGUCAAAUGUCAAGAUGUUGUGGCAGAUGCAGACCUUGGUGAGGUACUUGAACAUGAAAUCUGGCAGUCAGAAGAAGAGUUUCAUUGUUGGGAUGUGCCGGAAUUUGAUCAAUCUGAUAUUGAUCCAUCUGAUUUUGCAAUAAGCGUCGCGUGUUUAGGGAAUGGCGACAUAGCCGUAAACGACUUAUUGGGACAGUUGGUGAUUCUUACUUCCACUGGGUGGUAUAAAUCAAAAGUUAAUCGGGAGAAGUUAAAUCGUCCCGCGAGAGUAGCUGCUUCCUCUGAUGGCCUACUUCUGGUUGUUGAUGAAGAUUAUGUAAAGGUGUUUGACUCCUCUCUAAAAUUCAUUCGCCAGUUUGAACCAUCACGUCAGAUUAAUGAGGUAGAUGGUGAGCCAGAGAGUAAUGUUUCUGGUAUUGCUGUGGAUAAGAAGCAUCGGAUAGCAGUGGCAGACAGAGGGAGAAAGCUGAUAUCUCUGCACCAUCUGGACGGGUCCUUGAUUACAGCCAUUCGACAUGACUUGGUCGAUUUUGGUUUGGCCAUCGGAAUCGAGGAACGCUUGAUUUUCACAAACUACAGGGAGAGCAAGUUGAUUUGCACUACCUAUACGGGAGAAGAGGUCUUCAAUAUAAAGAUUUAUUUUUCCUUGGAUCCUGUAAGACCAACCGGCGUGUGCUGCGAUGACGCUGGGGACAUAUAUGUUUCCGUCCACUGCGAAGAACCCGAACACAGUCGAGUGUUCCAUUAUUCAGCGGGGGGAGCUUUUAUGGGGCCAGUGGCUCUAGGACUUCACUCUCCCUAUGACUUGACAUUUACGCAAAGAGGAGACCUCGUGGUGGCUGAUGAGAUCUCAAUCAAGUUCUUUCAGCGGGUGUCAGUGGAGCAGAGUAGGAAAAGAAUUGUGCACUGUUCCUUAUAUACAUAA